CCGCAACAGGCACACUGUCACGCCGGCAAUCCCAACCCGCUAGCUGGCUAGUGAACGCGCGUCCGUGACGUCACGUGCUUGUCUGCGAGCAUAUGCCUGCCGCCUGGCCACGGUCAGGCGUAAACACGACGGCGCGCAAGGGCUCGCAGUUCUCUGUCGAGCGCCCGUGCUGCGGCGACGCAUGCUUCCCGGUUCGGCUCAUGCCCGCCGCUGGGAGCCCACUGUCACUCCGCCGUAGACGCGCCGCCAUGGCGCGACCAAAAUGCGCUCCUAGGCGCAGCAGCGCAUCCAGGCCGCCCGAGCAGCCCGCGCGAGCAGCGACCCCGUGCCGGAAGCCAGAGAUGAGCGAGUGAGAAACCCAGCUGCGCAAUGCCAGCCCUCGGAGAAGCGAACGGCUCGUGGGACAGCCAGGCGUACAGCCUGGUGGACAUAUACAAUGGCGCCAACACGUCCUCCGUGGAGCUGGCGAUCCUGAGCAACGGGACGGUGCUGGAUAUCGUGCGCGACGCGAACCUCUCACUGCUGGAGGAGAGCAACGCGACGGCAUCGACCGUAGAGUCGGCCCACGUUCAGCACGCAGCCCUCGGAGUGCUCCUGGGUUUCUUCUGUAUCGCGACUGUGUUCGGUAACGUGCUUAUCAUGGUCUCUGUGGCCAAGGAGCAGUACCUGCACACCGUGACUAACUACUUUAUUGCGUCAUUAGCGACGGCGGACUGUCUGGUGGGCGCCGUGGUCAUGCCGUUUUCGGCCAUCCACGAAAUUAUGAACAAGUAUUGGAUAUUCGGCCAGGACUUAUGCGACGUCUGGCACUCCAUCGAUGUCCUGGCAAGCACCGCGUCCAUCCUUAACCUCUGCGUCAUAUCGCUGGAUCGCUAUUGGGCCAUCACCGAUCCCAUCAGCUACCCGUGCCGUAUGACGCAGGCCAGGGCGACCACCCUGAUCGCCGUCGUAUGGGUCUGCUCCGCGCUCAUCUCGUUUCCGGCCAUCGCCUGGUGGCGAGCCGUGACCAAGCUGCCGCCUGCCGCUUUCCAGUGCGCCUUCACUGACGAUGUGGGCUACUUGGUCUUCUCGUCGACCAUUUCCUUCUACGCGCCGCUUAUGGUCAUGGUGUUCACAUACUACCGCAUCUACAAAGCCGCCGCCGAACAGACACGGAAUCUCAAGCUCGGCUGCAAGCAGGUCCAGUCCUGCAACGGCGAAGAGUCGACCUCUGUGACUCUCAGAAUCCACCGCGGAGGCAUGCUUCAGACGGCCAAUAACUACAAGGCAGUGUUUGCGACCUCGAACGAAACCUUCGACAGGAACAACGCGAGCGGCACAUCAAGAAACGUCAAGAACUUCUCGCUCAGCCGCAAGCUCGCCAAGCUCGCCAAAGAGCGCAAGGCUGCCAAGACGCUCGCCAUCGUCAUGGGAGUGUUCAUCCUGUGUUGGCUGCCAUUUUUCGUCACUAAUAUCCUGAUGGGUAUUUGCGGUGAGGCGUGCGUAAUGCAACCGGACCUCGUGUUCUCCACGGUCACCUGGCUCGGCUGGAUCAACUCCGGCAUGAAUCCGGUUAUCUACGCCUGCUGGAGCAGAGACUUUCGACGAGCCUUUGCCAACGUGCUCUGCUGUUGCUGCCCUGGCUACUUUCGCAAGAGACAGCGUCGCCGCGACCGGCUUCGACGUAUGAUCAAGGAGGACGCCAGUCUGCGCUCGCACAGCAUCGAGGAGGCUGUCCUAUAGCGGCCGUCUCUGGACAUUGCCUAGCCGCCUGUCGCUUGCAUGGCUGGCAGCGCAGCCGACUGCUGAAGAAGCUGUUCUGAUCGCGGUACGAGUUGUUUUACGUUACAUCUCACAUUCCUGAAUUCGUUGGGCUGAUCAGCUAAGUUCCCGUAUCACAACAGCUCGAUGCUAGGUAGCUGAUCGCUCACUUCGAAGAACCGAACAUGACUAUAUAAAUUUGUUGCAUUGCUGUCAUUUCGGCAAAGUGCAGAGGUGCCCAUUAAACCAAGAAUUCCAUGCAGUUAAAAAGCAUUAGUUUGUUGACCAGCACGGCUAUUACAGGCACACGCAUAUCGAGCAUAACGAACGCCUGGGAAACUCAGAACUAUAACAACAUUUUCAGGCAAUGUAAAACUGAAGGUGCAAGUAUGUUGCAGGGAAACCCUCGUUAUCACGUAUACACGAAAGCCAUCAUUAGCAACAAGGUGAAUGGGAUGACUAGUGCGUAAACUGGACUGGAUCAAGCGGCGUAAUCGAUCACAGAGCAAGCAACAUUAGUUCUAGCUUGUUCUGUCAUUGACGACUGCUUUGUAUGAUUUAAGCACCUACGUAUGAAUUUCUCCUUUGAGGUUACUUCAAGUAAAACAUAUCUCAGCUAUGAUCAGUGAUGAAUGCAUGCUAGGCAAGCAAUCGCGUCACCCGAACUUUUCCUCACUCGAAGUUUUUUUUUUUUAUAACUACCGCAGCAGAGACUUAUCGAGAGUCGUUUUUAUGCAGGGAAUAUACCAAAUAUAGGUCGUGAUGUCCAGACACAUUGGCACAGAUUUCAUCUGUAUCAGUCAUUUGCAUGCCAAAGGAAACAACGUUGAAUUGCUCAGUCAAUAAAAAGUAUCUACAAUUGUUUCACUUCACACUCUUGAUGCACGCUUUGUUUCAUGAAAUAAUCUGCAGGUUACACGAGGCAAAGCGAGAAAAAAUGUGGGUUGAUCUUGUGGACGAAGAGAGAGAAACAGAAAUUGUCACAAAGCCAGAAAAUGCUUUGUUGCAUUAUGCUGUUGUGUGCUGCAUUUUCCCACCCAUAUUUAUGAGACUAUCAAUAGCAGCGUACACACUAUCGAGUUGUUCAGCCACGUCGCACAGUUCUGUAAGCGCACGGAACAGAGCUCGCGUUUAUCUCUGCAUCAGUCUGAAUCUCAUGCAGGAACUCCCUUACGAGACAACACGUAAGUAACGAGCUCAAUCAAGUAUAUUUUUGUGAUGUGAUGUUUAUUAUAGCACCCAUUGUAGCUCCUGUGUGUAACGUGGAUUCAUCGCACGCUUUCUUGCCAUGAAGCCCGUGAAAGAGGCUCUAUAAUCCAUCCUUACAUAAGCGUGUACUUAAGGAGAAGCUGGCGUCCUGACACGACGCCACCUACUUCUUUUCUCUGCGAGUUUUAAAAAUGACAACUGUUCAUUUGACUCAUCUCGGGCUGCUGAUAUCCAUUGCGCACAGGUAGUUUUUCCCAUCAGUGACCUUAUAUUUCUUUUGCAGAGACAAUUGCUAUGUCGGCAGUCCGGUGUGCAACAUGCAAGAGUAUAUGCGCUGUGUGUUUUAUGUUACCAUAUAUGUUGGUGUGAAGGUUUGUAGUUUCUUGUGCAUGCGCAAAACUUAUUUAUCGUUGAACACAUGUACAUAGCUAUUGGUAUGAACGUCGUCGUCUAUUGAAAUGUAUUCGCUGUUCUGUGACAGGAAACAUACGUCACUGCACAUGUGAAGAGUGUGAAUGAAGUUGACUGAAAAGGGAAGGGCCAGGCUGUCAUGUUUCUAAAGCCUUGUGCCAUGAUCUCCAACAUCACGCCUCACAUUUUGAGUGGUUCACGAGCUCAAAAGUGUUUGAUUUUGUUUGUGUUAUUUGUGAAUUAACUGUAAUUAAAAAACUCUAGCAUUUAGAUAAUUGCUGUUCAAUGUUUCUAUGUAUUUCACACGUCAAGGCGUCGGUGUAAUUGAAGUCCGCGUGCACAGAUAACGUCUGUUGUGUUUAUUUUCCUCAGUCGUUGCUCGACAUCUGGUAAAGGCGUCUACCUGUAGUGUUAUUUCUCCUAGUCUUUGCACGUAUAUGUUAUUCCUAUUGUCAUUGAUGUGGAUAUCCUACAUAACGUGUGUGUCUUCGCACUUUUGAUGGUGAUUGACUUGUGCAGAUUAGCGGUAUUUUAUGUCUUCUUCAACAGAGGGCAUCCAGUAAAUUGGUUUUUUUUUUUGCUGCGUUCACUGUAGAUUACAUUUUCGUAAGCAUGGGAACAAUAUUUUUUUGUUUGGAUGGUGCCAAAACUGAUUUAACUGCUGUCAUGCUAUUGAAAGUUCAUCGUGGCAUGCUAAAUGUUCUAAUUUAUUUUAACUUUAUUUACAUUUGUGAGAACAUCACUGUCCUCCAUACCACAAUAUCUAUUUUCAAUAUUCAGAGUGUCAGGCUUGCCUGUUCAUAUCAGCGAAACAACAUUGUAACAGCAGGCAGCGCCUUACGCUGUCAAGUUCUCUCUGUAACCCAACCUUUUGUACAGUGAAUGUCGUAAAGGUCCAGCGCAUUGCUUCAGCGCAAUCUGCAUGUAACUUUGAGGACUAAGCUCAGACCACAUUUAUCAGUAUAUCUUUGCCUGUUGUUUCACUAGCGUGAGAUUUCCUUUGACGGUACAACAUAUGAGUGGAAUUUCGAUUUCAGCAGUUCUCGGUCUGCUCCUUGUGCAUCAAAUAAUUCAAUUUUUAUGUUCACUUUAGUCAAUAAGCAGGUCGUUUCCAUGCUGACGUCGAGACGUCUUGCUAAUUAUAUUAACCAAUUUCUAACUUGUACUAUUGUUAGGGCAGUAUCGUCGCAAAAAAAUGCAAUGACUUUCCCACAGCGGCAUGCCGCGCGGUGUGGAGCGAUAGCGUGCACGAAGUUGACACCGCUCGCAACCUUCUAAUCAUUCACACACCUAAUCUCCCUCCCCGAAGAAAUAAUAAAACGAAUGAACGUUUCGCUGCUUUCAUAUGAUCUAAUAUCUUGCGCGCAGGCAGGAACAAAUGAUGCCGUUGUAUUUCAGUCUGCUGUGUCAUGGAACCAUUUUGCUGACACCGCCUCAUAUAUUACGACCUUGUGCUGUAAAAUAUUGCAAAGUUCCACUAUCACGCAAUAUCUAUAUUAAACAUCACUAUCGCAAAUCACAGGCUCCAAGAGCAGAACACGGCACGUCUCUAGUCUUUCGCUCAGAUGUGAUGUUCCACUUACAAGACGUCGCCUGGCUACACAAGUGUUUUAUUGUCGCAGCUGCAAAUAGACUGGCGUUGAGCACCAGAAAUUUUACAUUUACCUAAAAAUAAAGAAUAAAUGUACGAUAUAGAUGAAUUCUAACUAAAACAAACAAUACUAGGAUGUUAGAAAUUCAACAGCCAAAUAUACGCAUAUGCUUUCAGCAGGUGUAUUAUAAUUACUUUGACAACAUUUAACAGAUGAAGUGAUAUUGUUACCUUCGGGAACUCUUGAAAGAUAAAGGUCUCCGACAUCUCUGACAAGCUCAUUCACAUAAAAUACUGGGUGUGAAUUGGUUCAUCCAUUUCACCUAUAUUUGUUACGACACUACACAAUUUCAAGCUGCGAAACAUUCAAGAUAGGUGCAGGGUUCUUGGAUCUCAUGCAAAACCGUUCAUCUUGUGGACGUGGUCAUGAUGACAUGAAUACCAUCAAAGUGAUGACAUAAAAAAAAUCCGGCCUGGUGCAAGGAAUUGCAUGUAAGCUUAAGAUCAAUAUGAUUAUACGGUAGGCAUGUACUAGAUUAAAAUGUAUGUGAAAUCAUGAAAGACCUCGAGAAUAGCGCGUCUGUUAUUUAACAAUAGUUGAGGUGUAGACUCACAUACAAAUAUGUAAUAAAAUUGAUUUUUAUCCCCGAUUUAUGUUCAGGCGCAACACUCUCUGAGAGGUUGCAAGAAAGGAGAGCGCGCAACUCAAAUGUUCUAUCUGAUAAAAGUCAAGUGUCUGUGCUUCAGAACGACAGAAAGCGAGCAUUUAAUUUUUUUUUUUCAUACUCAUACAAACUGCACGUAACAAUUAUGUCUAACCCUGUUGUGUGCAAGGAUAUCCGCAGCUCGCGACUCGGAGAUUAGUGUCAGACAUAAGCACACACGCUAUUUGAGCAUCGAUAAGUUCAGAAGAGGUUAACGUAAUGCCUCAUAUUCGCUUGACGGCAAUUUGGCAAAAUGCCGGCUGCAGCGGGCGUUCGAUUCUAUCAUCGGCCUCCCACUCAGCAGCUGCACGUGUUUUUAUCCUAGCUGAUUUUUCAGGCGUCAUUCCUUCGGCCACUCGGUAUGUUGUGCGUGUUAGUAUAGCAACAUCGUUUGUGCAGUGAACGUUGCUUGAUGUGGUAUGUAGCGCCCCACAGUGCCCAGUGGGGUUAAUGCACGUUAAUUUCGCAACGCAAAGUAUUAUGCAGCAGUAAAAGAACAACGCAAAUCUUGUUUGAGCUAUUGAUGUGGUAUACUCGCUCUUGAAAAAACGCAUUUGGGCGUCUUUCUUUCACACACCAGGAAUCGUCAUUUAUCUUGCGUACCUUGUAUUAUCGCCGCGUGCACGGUACUCCCACGUCUCGAGCGGCGUGUGCGCGUUUAGCGUUAGAUAACCCUCUUGAUAGGAAAGUAGCUAGCGCACAGUUUUCAAAGAAGGCAACGCAGGCAAAUCAAACGAAGGUCAUUAUCAUGUGACAGGAAGGCGCCCAAACACGCCUUUGUUUGCUUUCUUUUUUUUCCAGAGUGUAGCAUGUUCCCUGCCACUGUUUCCCACCGUUGUUAUUGCGCUUCAAAGUUAUUAGCCUGCUUAGUGCGACGCUGUUAACUUUCGCCCGUUAUAAUAGGGCACGAGAGAAUAUAUUAAAGGCAUAAGGGAAGUUAUUACGAUAUAUUUUGCACAACUUUCACGAGAAUAAAAUUAGCAGUUAGCUUAGUCUUUUGACUUGCUCAGUUAUGUUUCAACUAUGCGACGCAUGCCUCUAUAGGAAUUUGUUCAAAAUUUACUGUCAGCAUGUUUUGUCAAGUUGUCUUCUUUUUCUAUUGUUUGUUAAGCUUGCCUCAUGGUGUAUUUUUGGAUCAGGAUAUAUCCAUUAGCCGGUUUUCCAUCCGUGCCUCUUAAAGCAUCGCGUCACUAGAAUCAUCACGGCCACGCUGCAAGCACAAGUGACAGAAGAACCGGCGGAAACAUUUGUAAAGUACUCAUGUGCUUACUGUUUGCUUGAACUUUUUUGUGAUUUGCUGUCAUUUUGGAACCCUCCUUUACCACAACCUCUAUCAACCCAUAUGUCACCAAUAAAUGCCUGGCAGUUACAAA